AUGCCAACAAAACCCCCCGUGCAGACCAAAAAGGUCGCAGUCACGGCUGGCGCGAAGACGGUCGACGUCAAGACGGGCGCGCAGGCGCAAGCCAAGUCGGAACCGGCCGAAAAGUCAGGCAAGAUGCACAAACGCUCGCGAUCUGGCUGCUUCACAUGUCGUCUGCGCCGCAAGAAAUGCGACGAAGGUCAUCCAGCCUGUCGGGCGUGUACCAACCUCUGCGUCAAAUGCGAAUACAAGCGUCCGAUGUGGUGGGGGAAUGCAGAGCAGCGCAGGAUCCAAAAGGAACGCAUCAAGAAUAAGAUCCGCCAGACCAAGAUGUUGGAAAAGAGUAACUCGUUGCAGAACCAAAUGAACUCGGCUCGCGCCCUCUCCCUCGAUCAUCAUGAGCACAGUCUCCAUCGCCCGCCGAUCUUCAAUGAGCCGUAUGAUCCGUUCGCCUCUCACUUGCCUACCCCAUCGUUCCAGCCGCAUUAUGCCCCGUACGAGGUGGAUGUGCGGACGGAACGCCAGAUGUUUGUCAACGAUGUGCCCUUGUGUCAUGACUCGUCGGUUUCCUCCUUCAGCGCCUACGGUCCGCCGCAAUUGCAUGCGACGCUGCCGAGUUUCCCUGGGGACGAAUGGCUUCAUGAAGAACUCUUUGGUGGUAACAGCAGCAGCAACAACAACAACAACAACAACAACAACGCCGCCACCACCGCCGCCACCACCGCCGCCGCCGCCGGCGCGACGUUCAUCGAUCCCACCCUGCAGGAUAACUCACAAUUGUCCUUCUCGUCGCUGCAGACCACCAUCCCCGUCGACGACCACGACCGGCCGUUACUCGACCACUUCAUCGACAACGUGCUGCGUCUCAUCUUCCCCAUCCUGGAGGUCCACCAGCAGGGACCCGCGCGGGCGCGGGCGAUCCUCAGCUCGCUGGAAACCAACCGGUCGUACCUGCACUGCUGUCUGAGCGUGUCGGCCAUCCAUCUCAAGACCACCGCCGGGUUGAGUGCCGACCAGAUCGAUCACGACAUCAUGCGCCACCGCUACGAGGCGGUCGCCCAGCUCUGCCAGGCCCUCAACCGCGACACAGACCACGAACACAUCCUCGACGCCACCCUGGCCAUGAUCUUCUUCCAUUGCUCCGUCGGCGCCCCGGACGACUACCUCCCUGAUAUCCCGUGGAACGAGCACUUCCAAGCCGCCUCCAACCUGGUCACCAAGCUCGACCUGCCCAACGCGCUAGUGCAGUGCGGGGGUGUCAACAACAAGACCGCCAGCAGCAAUGGCAGCAGCAGCAGCAGCAGCAGCAAUGGCCUUGUGACGGCCCCCUUUAGCAUGUCGCUGACCUCGUGGAUCGACAUCCUGGGCGCGACGAUGAUCGGCCAGACCCCGCAGUUCGCCCACACCUACCGCGCCAAACACCUUAGCGGCACCUCGUCCGGCCUGCGCGAGCUGAUGGGCUGCGACGACCGCGUGAUGUACCUCAUCUCGGAGAUUGCGUGUCUCGACUCGCUCAAGGCCGCCCACGCCGUCGACGACAUGGCCGUCUGCUCCCAUGUCUCCGCCCUAGGUCAACAACUAGAGUACACCGAGCCCGCGGACCCAACGCUCGAAAGCCCCUUUUGCGCCUCGAGCGGUGCCAUCCGGCCCGAAGCACUGACAAAGACCAUGAGUGCCGUGUUUCGCCUCGCCGCCCGCAUCUACCUGUGCAGUCUUGUCCCCGGGUUUGACCGCUCCCAGCCCUCAGUGUGUAACCUGGUGCAUGCCCUCGCGGACAUCAUGACCCAUAUCCCCGCGGGGCCCUAUGGCUUCGACCGUUCGCUCGUCUGGCCUUUGCUCAUUGCGGGCGCUUACUCCGUCCCUUCGAGUCCCUUUCGUUCUUUGCUUGCCGAUCGUGUCGCCGCUCUAGGCGACCUUGCAGACUUUGGUAGCUUCGGCCGUAUGUACAUGCUUCUCCAGGAGGUGUGGCGCCUCACAGACGACCCGGAAGAAACGGCAGUUUCUUCUUCUUCUUCUUCUUCUUCUUCUUCUUCUUCUUCUUCUUCCUCCCCUCAGAGGGUCAAGGAAGAAUCUCCCGCCUCGGACGCCUCGAGCAUGCGCGAGCUCAAGAAACAACAUGUUCAUUGGCGGGAGGUGAUGGGCCGCAACGGAUGGAGAUACCUGCUCAUCUAG